AUGGGCGGCCAGGUCUGCUCCUGCGGCGAGGAGGAGAACGAACUCCGACAAGAGGAGAAGUUCACUUUCGCGGAUGGCUCCGUCUACACGGGUGCCUUCCAGUCUGGCCUGCAGCACGGCCUAGGGACCCAGGUCUGGCCGGACGGUGGCCGGUAUACCGGCCAAUGGGCCAAGGGCAAAGCUCACGGACAGGGCCGAUACGAGCAUCCCGAUGGAGAUGUGUACAUCGGGGGCUGGCAGGAGGACCAAGCUCAUGGAACCGGCCUUUACAUCCACACGGACGGGUCGCGGUACGAGGGGCAGUUCGCCUUCGACCGACAGCACGGAGAAGGUGUCGAGUGCUGGCCAGACGGUGCCACAUUCACCGGGCAAUAUCGGGACGGCUUCAAGCAUGGUCAUGGCCGAUUUCAGUGGUCCGAUGGCUCUCACUACGAGGGCUCCUUUGAGCAGAACGACCUGCAUGGAUACGGCGUGUACAGCUGGAAAGGGGGCAGGUGGCACAAAGGAUGGUGGCUGAACAAUCGAAUGCACGGCGACGGUGAGUUCUAUUGGCCGGACGGGCGCAGCUACCGAGGCCAGUACCAGGAGGACAUGAAAGACGGCAAGGGCAUCUUCCACUG